CCAUUCACUGUGACUGGUCGACUCAAAUGAAAAAACCUUAAACCUCUCUAAAAACCGAACACACAACACAACACAAAACACUGAGCAUAGUCUUCAGUGUUAUCCUUCUUCCUUAUCUCAAUAAUCAAACAAUGUCGUCAACACUUUCAAUCCCACUCGGAUUCUGCUUCCCUCCAACCGUUGCUACCUCCUUCCCUCACUCCCAAACCAAACCCCAAAACGUUACUUUCCAACGCAGAAAAACAACAACGAAGGCUUGUGCUGCCUCAGAGAACCCCAACCAACGCCAAAACCCGAAGCAGAACCAGAAAGAGGCCAAAACCAAGAACGCUGGCGACGAUGAUGGCGAAAAGGGUAUCAACCCCGCUGGCUUUCUCGCCAAACGCGGCAUUUCCCACAAAGCCUUUGCGCAGUUCCUCCGUGAAAGGUAUAAAGUAUUGAAGGACAUGAAGGAUGAAAUUUUGAAACGGCAUGAGAACUUCAUGAUUUUGGCUUCUGGGUUUGAGUUACUGGGUAUGCAUCGUCAUCCAGAACAUCGGGUGGAUUAUAUGGAAUGGGCUCCAGGGGCCCGCUAUUGUGCAAUUAUUGGUGACUUCAAUGGGUGGUCACCUACAGAAGAUUGUGCAAGAGAGCAUUACUUUGGUCAUGAUGAUUUUGGAUACUGGUUUAUCAUUCUUCAAGAUAAGCUGAGAGAGGGAGAAGAGCCAGAUAAAUAUUAUUUUCAAAUGUAUAACUAUGUAGAUGAUUAUGAUAAAGGGGAUAGUGGUGUCUCUGUUGAAGAGCUCAUAAAGAAAGCAAAUGAAAAGUACUGGCAACCAGGAGAAGACCGAUUUGUAAAUAAUCGUUUUGAAGGGCCAGUAAAGUUAUAUGAGCAGAUAUUUGGUCCUAAUGGACCUCAAACCAUAGAGGACAUACCGGACAUACCAGAUCCAGAAACAAGAUACAAAGCAUGGGCUGCAGAGCAUGGACCUUCCCCUACUGCUGCGAUUGAUAGUGGCAAGGAGUAUGACAUAUAUAAUGUGAUAGUUGAUCCUCAAUGGCAAGAGAAAAUUCGUGCACUGGAACCUCCUGUACUGUACUGGUUUGAGACACGUAAAGGUAGGAAGGCUUGGAUGAAAAAGUAUAGUCCUGGCAUUCCUCAUGGCAGCAAGUACAGGGUCUACUUCAACACUGCAAAUGGACCGUUGGAGAGGGUGCCUGCUUGGGCUACAUAUGUCCAGCCAGAGGUAGAUGGAAGGCAAGCUUGUGCAAUCCACUGGGAACCAUCCCCUGAGCAAGCAUACAAAUGGAAAAAUAUGAGUCCCAAAGUACCAAAAUCCCUGCGGAUAUAUGAAGCUCAUGUUGGAAUUAGUGGUUCUGAGCCAAAAAUAUCCUCAUUCAAUGAUUUCACAGACAAGGUGCUUCCUUACAUUAAGGAAGCUGGAUACAAUGCCAUCCAGUUGAUUGGAAUUGUUGAACACAAGGAUUAUUUUACUGUUGGUUACAGAGUUACAAAUUUUUUUGCUGUUAGUAGUCGAUAUGGCACCCCUGAGGACUUUAAGCGAUUAGUUGACGAGGCCCAUGGACUAGGACUGCUCAUCAUCUUAGAAAUUGUCCAUUCAUAUGCAGCAGCAGAUGAGAUGGUCGGAUUGUCAAUGUUUGAUGGAUCUAAUGACUGUUUUUUUCGUUCUGGUAAACGAGGGCAACACAAAUUUUGGGGAACGAGAAUGUUCAAAUAUGGUGACCCUGAUGUUUUGCAUUUCCUCCUAUCAAACUUGAACUGGUGGAUUGUGGAGUAUCAAAUUGAUGGUUUUCAGUUCCAUUCAGUUUCAUCUAUGAUGUAUACUCACAAUGGUUUUGCUUCUUUUACUGGAGAAUUGGAGGAGUACUGCAACCAAUAUGUUGACAAGGAUGCGCUAGUAUAUCUUAUCUUGGCCAACGAGAUACUGCAUUCUCUUCACCCAAAUAUUAUCACAAUAGCAGAAGAUGCAACAUUUUAUCCUGGAUUAUGUGAGCCAACUUCUCAAGGUGGAUUGGGAUUUGAUUACUAUGUCAACCUUUCUGUGCCUGAUAUGUGGUCAACCUUUCUUGAGAGUGUUCCUGAUCAUGAAUGGAGCAUGACUAAGAUUGUUAACACAUUAGUUUCCAAUAGAGAACAUGCUGACAAGAUGCUUAUGUAUGCUGAAAAUCACAACCAGUCCAUAUCCGGAAGGCGAUCAUUUGCAGAAAUAUUGUUUGGUGAAAUAGAUGAGAAUUCAAAUCACUAUAAGGAAUCUUUAUUGAGGGGAUCUUCAUUACAUAAAAUUAUCCGAUUGAUCACAUUAACGAUUGGUGGUCGUGCCUAUCUGAACUUCAUGGGUAAUGAAUUUGGGCAUCCAAAGAGAGUUGAAUUUCCAACAUCAAGCAACAACAACUCGUAUUUGCUUGCCAAUCGUCAGUGGGAUCUUUUGACAAAAGAUGGAGUUCACCGUGAUUUAUUUGCUUUUGAUAAGGAUAUGAUGAAGCUGGAUGAAAAUGUCAAAGUGCUCUCACGAAAUAUUCCAAACAUUCACCAUGUGAAUGAUAGCUCAAUGGUCAUAUCUUACAUCAGAGGUCCCCUUCUCUUUAUUUUCAAUUUUCAUCCAAAAGAUUCUUAUGAUAGUUACAGCAUAGGUGUAGAAGAAGCUGGGGAAUAUCAAAUUAUUCUAAACACAGAUGAAAUAAAGUAUGGAGGUCAAGGGAUCCUUAAAGAAGAACAGUAUUUUCUAAAAACUAUCAGCAGAAGAGUUGAUGGCCUUCGAAACUGCUUAGAGGUGUCACUACCCAGCAGAACUUCUCAGGUUUACAAGUUAAGGCGGAUUUUGAGAAUAUAAGGCACACUGCAUCUAUGGAAGUAACUUUCAACCAGAAUUUCAUGACAUUUUACCACUGAAUGCUUUUCUUUGGUAUGUCUACCAAUGUAAGAAAAGGAUAAGAUUAAAUAUGAUCCACAGCAUACAUGUAAAUCUACAUGAAGGAGCAGAUGUUAAUUGAACGGGUUGAUGGAAAGCCACUUUCUAAGUUGUGGGUUAUUCUAAAAUCCCUGUGAAAGCUUUCAGAGCAAUGAAUCCUAAUCCUAAAUUUAUACAGAUGCAAGAUACUGAAAUAUGGCACUUCAUGUUUUAAUUACAUAAAACUAAGAUCAUGCUUGCAAACCCCAUUGAUUCAUGUACCACAAAUGUGCUAGGUUCUGUGUAGAGUUGCUUUAGGCUUAUGAGGUGGUUUUUAGGAGGAGGAUUUUAUAGGAUAGGAAUAUUUGUUUUUUCAUAUUUAAGUAUUUAACAUUAUAUUCAUAAAGCAAAGGGGAGUGAGGUGAUUUUUUUUAUUGAUGUAAUUAAAGCCAUUAGUUGCACUGGGACUGACUUGUUGGUUUCUUUUACCUUAAAUUAUAGUUAUGCAUGUAUUGUCUGUA